GCGAAGAAACAUCAUCAUCGUCAUCUCUGCGGCCAUGGCAGUCUUACCACACUGUUUAUACGAAUGCCAAAGCAGGUAUUCCACUUUUUUUUUUUAAUAAACGUGUCUUUCAAUUUGCGAUCAUUUCUAUAUGCAUUUCACGCUUAAAUCACCCGUUUUCACAAACAGAUUUGAACCGGAUGUCAUAAUUAAUCUCAAUUAUUGCAGGCUCCAUGAACUUUAUGAAAUUUGAACUGUGUUUUUUUGUAUGUAAAAUAUUAUUGUAAACGUUCUACGUACGCACAGUUUAAGCAAGAUUAUGGCAAGGAACCUUAGGUUAACGAAAUUUUUAUAAAUGAAGUGUAAUCAAUAUCUUUAUGUGAACUUUAUAUGUAGAAAGUAACUUCGCACUCUUAAGAUUGUUUUCUUGACUUUGAUAUCUUUACUUUUCAAAUUUAAGCUUGAAAUAGAUUUUUUUUAAUGAGCUUCUUAGCUCCAACGAUUUCCAAGGGUUUAAUGAAGUGUUCAGUAUUACUCCAUAACCAUGUCAAAAUCAUAAAUUUGAAGUUAAAAGUUAUUUUAUUUGCCACUUUAAAAUCAAAAUGUAAACUACUUAAUUAUAUCCACUGGGCGGAGGUUAUGACAUUUGUAGGUAUGGAUGGGGUUGACAAGGAAAAAGUGCAAAGAGUAGUGUAUGAGAUGAGCAAAGGAUCAAAGUAUUUUGAGAAUGAGGAAAGAAAAGAGGCUUAUAUGAAACAGAAGAUCGAGAACAUGCGUGCUCAGUGUGCAAAGCUAAAAGCUACUGAUAUAUCUCAUUACCAGAGGGUUGCUGAUAAAAGAAUUGUGGAAUUAGAAGCUACACGUGAUCUAUCAAGGAUUUGGUUGCAUGUAGACAUGGAUGCCUUCUAUGCAGCUGUUGAGACCUUGAGCAAUCCCUCAUUAAAAGGCAGGCCAAUGGCUGUUGGCAGCAUGUCUAUGAUCUCUACUGCGAAUUAUGAGGCACGAAAAUUUGGGGUUCGUGCUGCAAUGCCUGGGUUCAUCGCAUGUAAAUUAUGUCCAGAGUUGGUGUUUGUGCCCACUGAUUUUAAGAAAUAUACAUACUAUAGUGAUUUAACUAGAAAAGUCUACCAGGAAUAUGAUCCAAAUUUCACGGCUGCUAGUCUUGAUGAGGCAUACCUGGAUAUUACAAAAGUUUGCAAGGAAAGGAGUAUGACCGGUGAAGAAGUCGCUGAAGAACUUAGACUAAAUGUCUAUAAAGCUACUGGCUUGACAUGUAGUGCUGGAGUUUCUCCUAACCGCUUACUUGCAAAGCAGGUAUGUUCAGAUAUAAAUAAGCCAAAUGGUCAGUUCGUUUUACCUAAUGAUCGGGCUGCUAUCAUGACAUUUAUAUCCUCACUUCCUAUACGGAAGAUUGGAGGUAUUGGCAAAGUCACAGAGCAUAUCUUAAAAGAUGUAUUUGAGAUUAAGACAUGUGAAGAUUUGCUGCAAAAAGGCUCUUUCCUUUGUGCACUAUUCUCUCCUUCAUCAGCAGACUUUUUUAUAUCUGUGGGUCUAGGCCUUGGAGGAACAGAUGCACCUCAAGUUAGAUCACGGAAAAGUAUGAGCAAUGAGAGAACAUUUUCUGCCACUAAGGAUGAGGCAUUCUUCUAUCAGAAAUUAGUUGAACUUGCAGAGAUGCUUUCUGCUGACAUGGAGAAAGGAGGUCUAUGUGGGCGGACACUGACACUGAAACUGAAGACUGCAUCGUUCGAGGUCAGAACUCGAGCUGUGACUUUGCAGAGUUAUAUAUGGUCAAGUAAAGAUAUACUCAAACAUGCUUCAAAGCUUCUCAAGCCUGAACUUCCUGUAUCACUUAGACUGAUUGGACUACGCAUGUCUCAUUUCAAUGAAGAUAAGGGUGGUGGUACUCUAUCUGAUCCUAUGCAAAGAACACUUUCCAACUUUAUCAUACCGGGAGAUGGUAACAGGGAAAUUGCGGAUGAAGAGCACUCAGAUGUUAAAGACAGCUAUGGAGAAGCACAUUGCGAUGCAUAUACUAAUCCAUCUUGUGACCAUUUAUCAGAGCUUGAUCAGAACAUUUGCUCUUCAAGCGAUAAUAAUGAGAAAGCAGCAGAGCAUAAUGAACUUGAAGGCAAUGGGUACAAAGACCAGAUUAAUGAGAACACACUGGUUGAAAACUGGACGAAAUCUUCUGCAUUCGAUCCACAUGUGACAGAGACACAUUCUUUGGAGGGCAAAAACCAAGAUCACUCGAGGAGGAUUGGUUUUUCAGAUAACGAAACGGAGCCUUCAUCAUCAAAUCAUGAAGAACCAUUUAUAUGGUUGGACAAUUACAAGUGUUUGUUAUGUGGCGUAGAAUUGCCUCCCAGUUUUGUGGAUGAAAGGCAAGAACAUUCUGAUUUUCAUCUUGCUGAGAAACUGCAAGAGGAGGAAGAAUCAGGGGACAGUUAUAAGAAGUUCCCACUGAAGCAUCGGAUGAGGCAGAAAGAGAGUAUUGUUGGGCAAAGCAAAGGCAAGAAGAAGCAGAAACAUUCUCCUUCAAAUGAUAAGCACAUUCCUAUUGAUGCUUUCUUUACAAAAACAAGUCAGAAUUCGUAGCAUGUAAUAGUACUGGUUAUGCAUACAAAUUGUAACAAAAUAUGAAUGAAUCAGACAUCAGGAGUGUUUAUUUGAUUAAUACUUGUUAUUGUUGUUCCAAAGCACAUAAAAGAUAUCAUCUCAUUAUUGAGGAAAUUG